CGGUGGGUGUCACACACACACAAGCCCAGCACACUAACACUAACGCUCACAUCAACACACACCUCGACCGUGUCUUAGAAAAGAAAGUUUCUAUAUCUCUCACACGAGUAGUUUGUACUUAUGCCGGGUGUUACCCCCGGUCAUCAUCGGCACAGGAGGUUUGGUAAUGGAGGAAUUCAUCGAGCUGGCUUCCUUCACUCUGUGGAAAUGGUUUUAACAGGCACAGAGUGACACAGAAACUGUUCAAACGGAGAACGUGUGUUCGAACUAUUACACAACAGACUUCUCUUUUUUUUUUUUUUUUUUUAAGCAAAACUGAGUUUUUUAUUUUCAAUUCUCAAGGAUUUUAACACUACACGCCACCAUGCCAAGCUCAACUAUUCGGAGACAGAUGAAAAAUGUGGUAAAUAACUAUUCAGAGCCGGAGAAGAAGGUCAGGGAAGCGACUUCCAAUGACCCAUGGGGCCCCUCCAGUUCUCUGAUGUCAGAGAUUGCCGACCUCACUUACAAUGUGGUGGCCUUUUCGGAGAUAAUGACCAUGAUUUGGAAGAGGCUGAAUGACCACGGAAAGAACUGGCGGCAUGUGUACAAGGCCCUGACGCUGCUGGACUACCUGAUCAAAACGGGCUCCGAGCGAGUGGCCCUGCAGUGCAAAGAGAACAUCUUUGCCAUACAGACGCUCAAAGAUUUCCAGUAUAUCGAUCGGGAUGGCAAAGACCAGGGCAUCAACGUCAGAGAGAAGUCGAAGCAGCUGGUUGUGCUGCUGAAGGAUGACGACCGUCUGAAGGGUGAACGCUCUCAGGCCCUGAAGACUAAGGAGCGCAUGGCACAGGUGGCCACCAGUGUGGGCAGCAACAAUCAGAUCAGCUUCGGCCGUGGCUCUAGCCAGCCCAACCUCUCCACCAGCUACUCAGAGGAGUAUGGCAAGUCUGAGGGCUCACCUGCAUCAUAUCAUGGAUCCACAUCUCCCAAUGCAUCUUCAGAGUUGGAGCAAGCCAGACCUCAGACGAGUGGAGAAGAGGAGCUACAGUUGCAACUGGCUCUUGCCAUGAGCCGAGAGGCCGCCGAGCAGGAGGAGAGGAUGCGUCGUGGGGAUGACCUACGGCUCCAGAUGGCUCUGGAUGAAAGCCGCAAAGACUCCAACACAGGGAAAAUAGCCAAGAAGAAGAAAGAGCCUCCACAGUCUUCUCUGAUGGAUUUGAUGGACACGGUUCCCAAGGGCCCUGCCGAUCAAACAUCGGACCCUUGGGGAGCAGGAGUAGGAGCUGCAGCAGCAGGCCCCGCCUCAGACCCCUGGCAGUCCUAUGGGGCAGCCCCUAAGCCAGCUUCUCCUGUGGAUCCCUGGGGUCUUCCCAGUGCCUCUUCCUCAGUUGCUUCUCUGAAAAGCAGUGACCCCUGGGGGUCGACCCCGGGUCCUGCAGCUGCUGAUCCCUGGAGCUCAAUGCCUGCCACCCGCCCCAAAGCCCCUGCCACAGUGGGUAGCUUUGAUCUUUUCUCCACACCAAAUGGUAAUUCCAGGGAGGACCUCUCUGUGUUUGACAGUCUUCGCUACUCAGCAGUGACAGGUGAUGGUAGAGGAAGCUCUGCCUUGCCAUCGCAGACCAGUUUGUCUGUAGGCUCUGAUCUGUUUGACGUACCGAGUGGCCCAACCAGAAAAACUCCAGAGUCUUUCCUGGGUCCCAAUGCCGCGCUUGUCAACCUAGACUCUCUGGUCACCAAACUUCCCCAGCAGGCUCCAGUCUCCAACCCCUUCCUCGCUGGAGUCUCGGGAGCAGCUUCAGCUCCUGCAGCUCAGGUCAACCCCUUCCAGGUGAACCAGCCACAGCCACCCACCCUCAACCAGAUGAGAGUCAGUCCCAUGAUGGGCCUGAGCGGACAGGGCUUCAGCAUGGGCCAGAGAAGCAACGAGCCCUUGCCUCUGUCCUCAAUGCCCCCAGCCGGCCCUGUCUCAAUGGUACCCAUGGCCGGCAUGGCUCCUCUCGGGCCCGUGGGCCAGAUGCCAAACAUGGGGAUCCCAGCCUCCAUGUCCAUGCCCCAGCCACUCAUGAGCGGAGCAGCAACACAAGCCGGCGGCACAACCAACCCCUUCUUAUUGUGAGGAACAACAUUUGCCUCCCCGAAACCCACACGAAUCUCUCUCUCUCAUCCCCGUUCCUAUGGCAUAGACAACGUAGUCUGUUGUGUUCCCCCAAACCUGUGUGCUAUUUUGAGACUUUUGGGAGUAGCAGUGGUGUUUACAGGUUUUACACUGGCAGGCGGUUCCCUUCCUCUCCUGUCAGAAAUUGGUACCAUACGACGAUUUGGUAUUCUUUUCUAAAUUUCCUCA